AUGGCCAGCGCAACUAGGAAAGACCUCCUCAAGAAGGUCUACAACAUGGUACCGCCCAUGCUUGAAAGCUUCCACAAGGGUCAAUUGGGUCGCGUAGCUGUUAUCGGCGGUAGUGAAGACUACACUGGCGCGCCCUACUUCUCUGCUAUGGCAUCCGCAAAGCUAGGUUGUGACAUGUCUCACGUAAUCUGCGAACCCGGUGCCGGUGCGGUGAUCAAGACUUACUCUCCCAACCUCAUGGUGCAUCCAUACAUGCGUCAAUCGAAGAACCUCGCCAAGACCGAAAGCGCAGAGAGCAUCACCUCAGAAGUCGUUAGCAUGCUAUCACGCCUACAUGUUAUCGUCAUUGGUCCCGGCCUUGGUCGUGAUGAGCUCAUGCAAAACACCUGCGCACAGGUUAUCCAGGAGGCAAGGAAACAAGGCAUUCCGUUCGUGCUGGACGCAGACGGUCUCUACCUUGCGCAGACAAGACCGGAGCUUGUGGAUGGCUGCACCGAGUGUAUACUCACACCCAACGUUGUUGAGUUCGGAAGGCUAGCCAAGGCUAAGGGUGUAGAUGUCAAUGAAGGCGAUCCUUCAGAGCUCUGCGCCAAAUUGUCAAAGGCUUUUGGCGGCGUCACCAUUAUUCAGAAGGGCUCCAAGGACUACAUAUCCAAUGGCUCGCACACACUCGUAUCCGAGGGUGAGGGUGGUCUAAAGCGCUCUGGUGGCCAAGGUGAUACUCUUACCGGCAGUUUGGCGACCUUGUUGGCAUACAGGAAAGCAUACCACGACAAGAUCUGGGAUAUCGGAACCGAGAUGUCGAGGAGUGAGACACUUGCUCUUGCAGCAUAUGGUGGAUCAUGCAUUACCAGGGAGUGCUCGAAGCUUGCAUUCAAGGAGAAGGGCAGGUCGCUACAAGCCAGCGACUUGACUGAACAUGUGCACACUGCUUUCUUGAACGUCAUCGGUGAGAGGGAAGAGACUCCUAACUUGUAA